AAUGACGUGAAAACAGUGAGAGCUUAACACAAAAUUACCCCCGGUGAAUAAUAAUCAAAUUACUAAAAAAAAAAACAAUGAAUGUGAUAUUAAUAGUGAUAGCCUUUGCUCAUCUUGUAACAGAAUCAGGAGGUGGACCUGUACCCUUUCCACAACUCAUUGUCAGAUCCCAGUCUAAUCUUUACCCUGGUCAAUAUGGUAGACAGAUAGAUCUAUCUAAAGUUCUUCCAACAAAGGAACUCUUUUGGUUGAAUUUAGAGGAGGGAUAUUUUGCUUGUCAACUAAAUAUUUCAGACCAGUAUCUGAAAGUGUACCGGCUGUCAAGAUUAUGUGAUGGGUCCAAGGAUUGUUUUUAUGCUUCAGAUGAACUAGAGGAUUACCUACAAUGUUCGACUGAAUGUUCAUCAACCUGUGGAAACGGUGUUUGUCUCAAGUCAAGUCCAAUUCCAAAGUGUCACUGUAAUGAUGGUUGGAGCGGAAACAGUUGUGAAGAUCAGGACGUGAAUGAAUGCCGGUACAGGCCGUGCUCUGUAUUUGGUGUGUGCACAAACACCCCUGGUAGUUUCACAUGUUCAUGUAGACCAGGGUUUUCAGGGGAUGGAUUCAACUGUACACAGGAUGAACCGGAUAAUGUAAAUGUACUGGACUCCGAUCUUUCCCGCGGAACUGUACAGGGCGCUGUCUCUUGUUCAAUUGAUGGUGUCAGCUACAGAAACGGGGAAAAGGUGAUGGCUCAGAAUAAAUGUGAAGAAUGCAGGUGUACUGAUGGUGAUGUACAAUGUGAAACUGUACAGUGCCCUCUACCCUCCUCACCAAGCUGUACUCCUACUGUACCUAAACCUGAUCAGUGCUGUACACAGUACAUUUGUCCAGAUUCGAUAUCAAUAGUCUCCGACGACCUCGACGCGAAGAAUCCUAGAUUUGACGAGGUCAUUCAAAAUGUUAGAGAUCUGAUUGGAACAUUCGACAGAGGAUCAACCACAACGAUCUUAGUAGACAACACUGCGUCGACAUCUCCUGUAGAUGGUUCGACUGCCCCAACUGUCGAUGAUUUUACUUUCCUUGCAGAUUCAGACCCUUUCCCUGAUAAAGAUUCCAUGAAAAUGAGUUUUGAUUAUGAAGCAGAUACUGGAGAUGAUAUGACGGUUAAAUUUUCUUUUAAAGAAGACAAGAAUGCUACUGCAACAACCAAUAUCUUAACUGGUGAAACCACACCUAGGACUUUAGACGCGGCAAACAAAACAAGCUCUGAAGAGAUUACAACUGUAAGAUCUUUGGAGGCAUUAGCUUCUACUUCAGAAGCUUCCACUGCAACUGGUUCGUCAGAAGCUUCGACCUCAACUUCGGUUACUUUUUCAGAUUCAACGGCAACAAGUUCCUCAGAGGCUCCGACCUCAACUUUAGCUACUGCUUUAGACUCAACUAAAACAAGCUCUGCAAAGGCUUCAGUUUCAUCUAGUACUUCCGAAGCUUCAACUUCAUCCACUUCUUCAGAAGCUACCACAGCUUCAUAUUCAACUGCAGAUAGUUCAUCAGAGGCAACUAGUUCAUUAGACCCAUCUACAGAAAUAGGAUCAAUUGAAGCUUCCACCUCAACCAAUUCCCCAAAUAUUUCCGGAGCAGCCACAAUUUCAGAAGAUUCUCGUGAAGCAACUUCUUCAUUUGAUGCUACAACCACUGCAAGUUCUGCAGAAGAAUUUACAGCCACGAAUUCAAUAUUACCAUUUUUUAUUUCCGUUUACACAACUGAUAGCUCAAUAGAAGUUUCAACUGCGACCAGUUCACUAAACAGUUCAACUGCAACCAGUAAACUAGAAACUUCCACUGAAAGCAGUUCAUUAGAAGCUUCAACUGCAACCAGUAAACUAGAAGCUUCAACUGCAACCAGUAAACUAGAAGCUUCCACUGACAGCAGUUCAUUAGAAGCUUCAACCGCAACCAGUAAACUAGAAGCUUCCACUGAAAGUAGUUCAUUUGAAGCUUCAACUGCAACCAGUAAACUAGAAGCUUCCACUGAAACCAAAUUUAUUCCAUUGGAAGCUCCCUCCAAAACUGCUCCAACAGACCAAGAUGAUAGAAUUAUUUUCCCUCCGAACGUAGAAAAUAUUCCCAUUUUGGUCCUGUCAACAACAUUACCAACAGCAACCAUUUCUACCUCAUCAACAUCAUCAUCAACAUCAUCUGUACCAUCAAGAUCAUCUGUACCAUCAACAUCAUCUGUACCAUCAACAUCAUCUUUACCAUCAACAUCAUCUGUAUCAUCAACAUCUUCUGUACCAUCAACAUCAUCUGUACCAUCAUCAUCAACAGCUUUACCAAAAACAUCAUCUUCCGAAACAAAAAUUACGAUUAAUGAUCAGGAUGUGAUAACCAUGGAUAUGUCUGAAAAUGAAAUCCUGGAUGAUAAAAUAAAACAGAAUAAAUCUGUUGAACCAGUAAAAGAUAAUAAUUUGAGGAAAAACCUGUCAUCCAUCGUGAAAAGUAUUGAAUUAAAAGAAGAACUGAAUCCUGAUGAAGAAGAAGAACUGAAUCCUGAUGAAGAAGAAGAACUUGGUGAUGUAUUACCCGGCCCUGGUCUGCCUAUCCGGCCUGUAGCCCCAGGCUCGUCUGGAACUGGUCCCAGCUCGGACAAAAAAUCCGCGAAUUCUGCCCAAAAUCAAGCAAAUUCUUCAACAGAAAUUCUAGAAACUAUCGCUGGGCUUCCAAGCCUUUCAACAAGCACAGAUACUGUCUCCGCAACAGAUAGUUCAGACGUAUCUGACACUAAAAACGGGUUUGAAAACGGUCCUGGGAUUUCUCCUGACUCAUCUCAACAAACUUUUGGGUCAGAAACUACUUCUGUGCCGCCCACUACAAGUUUCUCCGGGUUGGGCCGACUGGAUCCAAUUGAAAGGGAAGAACAGACAAACACUACCGAGAGACAGACAAACAUUACGGUCUCUGAUUCUACAGUUCGACCUUCCCUCAUUGAAAUGGAUAUCAAAGUAAAAAUUCCUGGUUUAUUGCCAAAUAUUGAAGAUGAAACAACAGAUAACGACGUUGAAAUCUCUGAGAACAAAUCUAGACCGGAAGAGGCAACAGCAACGGAUCAAAUAAAAACAACAACAGUAACAUCAAAUCAGAAUUCUGAAUCUGAUACGACAGUUGCUCCUUCUCUUGUUGAUACGGACAUAAAAGUAAAAAUUCCUGGUUCAUUGCCAAAUACUGAAGAUGAUACAAGAACGGAUGAGACAGCAACGACAAUUCAGAAAUCUGAUUCUGAUGCAACAGUUAGGCCUUCCCUUGUUGAAAUGGAUUUAAACGUGAAAAUUCCCGGUCUCUUGUCUAAUAUCGAAGAUAGUAUAUUUGAAGAUUCUCAAAUAUUCUCAACAACUGAAAAUACGGAAUCAAUAACUACAUCAACUGUUCCCACCACAAUAACAACAACAACAACUUCAACUGUUCCCACCACAAUAACAACAACAACAACAACAACAACAACAACAACAACAACAGCAACAGCAACGACCACACAGAAGAUUGAUAACAGAAACCAUAUACCAAGAAUAGAGGAACAAUUCCAAGAUUGCCCGGGGCACGAGCGGUCUCCAAAAUUUGGUUCGUUUGCCGGUAACCCUGCUAGAAAUGUUGCUGAUUGCUCUUGGGAUUUCUUCUCUUGCACCAAGAGCUUGGGUACCUGGCCUGCAAAUAAGGCCUGCUGCACACACAGGUUCAAUCUCUGCUACGCUCAGGUCAAGCCAAGCAUGUCAACUUCCGGUGUGCUAAACGGUGCAGAGAGCAACAGUGUUGGUGACUUUAACGAUCCAGAGAACAACAUCGUAGAUAUAAACUCAGGAAAGGGAAGGAAUGGGGAGGUUGGAAAUAGUGCAGAACGAACAGCUCAGCUACCUAUCCCUGGAAUAAAUAGACCAAACGCAGGACAAGCGGAACUGAAAAAUUCCAUGAUUGAGUGUAUUUGGGACUUUAUGGGUUGCAGAGGAGGUUCGAAAUCUGAAUCUGAAUGCAGAAAUUCCUUCUCCUUCUGUGCUGAGAAAACAUUUAGAAAGGAUGAUGCAAUUUUUGAUGAUGGAAAUACUCCCAGCUUAGCAGAGGGUGCAGGAAAAGUUCCUGAAGCUAAAACCGGAAGGAAACCAGAAGGAAAGCUUAUCAAGGUUAUUAUAUAG